AUAUAAAAACCACUGUCCUUUUGGUUACCUAUAAUUGGCGCUUCCCCUUUUCAUUUCUUUUCCUCUCCAAAUUCUUUCUUUUUCUUUUAUUUAAAUCUUCUCUUUUAUUUCUCUCUGUUUCUCUGUUUCUCUCUUCAAUUUCGUAAACCGAAUUGCUGUGGACCAACCCACAGUGGAACCAGAUUCUCAGGUCUGGCCGGAUUACGCACCAUAGCCGUUCGACUCGGCGGCGGCAGAGGCGGUGGUUUUUGGUACUGGAGGAAAAAGAAGAGGCGGAGCCGGAGUAACACCAAAGUUAAGCAUCGGUUUAUGGAGCUUUGGCAUAAGAUGAUUUUCCCCGUUCGACGAGUUUGGCUUGCUGUUUCCGCUCGAGUUAGGGCUCGGAAAAGUGGAGCUGGACUUCUGAAGCUUCAUGAUGAUGUAGAAACCUGUGGAUACGAAGAUGUGAAGGUGAUGUGGGAAAUGUUACGUCGAUCGGAGUCGGAGUUGGUCGGUCACCAACCGAAACGCAAGCAACGACCAUUUUGGAGAGUCUCUGUGUGGUCUAACCAUGCAGCUGCAGCCUCCUCUUACACUGCAACUCAUGCUUGAGGCCAUCAAAUUCAAACACUGUUCAGCUCAGCUUCAAUUGUGUGCCAUCUCUUUGGUAUCUUCAACUUUUUUUCAAAAAAAGGAAAGUAAAAGAAAAAAAACUAACAGCCAAUGCUUGCAAGGCACAGAACUUUUUACCAAACUUGUUCAAAGAAAUGUGAAGUCUUUGGCAGUUCAUCGCUUCCACUUUGAGCAGAAAAAACACCCUUUUUGUAAUUAAUAAUAAAAAUUUUGGUUUUGUAGCUAAGAAUCAUUCCUGAAGAAUGCUUAUAUUUUGAUGAUAUUGAUCACUUGUAGUUUUUCAUCUCAUCAAAAUGAAAAAUGCCUUUCAAGAGCAGAAUUGAAAUCCAA